CAUGCUCUGCCACCGAUGAUCUACUACUUCCCCCUUCAGACACUGGCACUCACGGGCCUAGAAGUUUUUGCUGUUGCUUUCUUUUCGCCAGUAUUCUUGACAAUUGGCCCUUUAUGGAGGUUGGCUAACAAUAAGUACGUCUUAGCCUUUCUGAGAUUGACUAUGGUUGGAAGCUUAGCAUCAUACCAGGCACCAAAUGCUUCAAUUAGACUGUUCAUCUUGGCUGUUGGUGUUUCUUCUUCAUUGCUGGUUCAAACAGUAACCUGGUGGUCAGGAAACAGUUUACAAAGGUUCAUCAGGAUAUGGGGCUUCAUGCUAGGCAAGAUAGUGCUCCUUGUUCUUCGCAUCUGGUAUACGUCACUAAACCCAGUCUGGAGCUCACAGGUUGCUAACACUGUCAUUAUGACAAUAGGUUUUAUAGCAGCAGUGGAGCGGAUUUAUUCAGGUGGAGACAGGAGGAAACAAGAAGCAAACAAAACUGGUAAUGCAGUUAGAGAGACUGGUUCCCAUCCUUUCUGGCUUUUAUCUGGGGUUGCUUUUGGCAGCCUCAUGUUCCUCACCCUAUGGAUAUUUGGGGAGGUCUCAUUAAUUUCUAGAUGGGCAGUAAGUGGACAUCCAGAUACAGGUCCAGAUCCUAAUCCACAUGGAGGUACAGUUCUGUUGGGCCUGGCUCAGGGACUGAUGCUUUCAUUUUGGAGCUGGUCUUCUGUCAUCAGUUUUGCCUGGUUUCUCAUAGGUUUGGCAUCUUCAGCUGGUCUUCUUUAUUUACACACCUGGAGUGCUGCUGUUGCAGGCAACAUCCUUGCUGUCUUUACUAUGUCUGUGUGGCCACAUCUAGCUGGACGCUUUGCUAGCUGUCUGCAUCCUGGGAAAGCCAUGAGUACAGCCAUGUUUGCCUAUGUCCUUGAAUUGUUCUUCUGCGUAUGGUGUACAGCUUAUAAAUUUGUACCUGGAGGAGUUUACAUUAGAGAAAGCUCCCAUCUUCUUUUAGGUUUUAUAAUGUUGUGUAUUGGGCUAGAUUUUCUAACAGGACCCAAGAAAGACCUUAGCUCUACCUUUGAAGUGAAAAGCAAUCAAAAGCCACUAUUCAAAAAGACUAAAAAAUAUAUUAAACUAUUCUUGUGGCUGUUUGUUGGUGUUGGUUUGCUUGGACUGGGUCUACGUUAUAAAACUUAUCAGAAGAAGUUGGGCCAAGGGGUUCCAAAAAGAGACUUCUCUGCUAUGAUCUGGCCUUUUAGAUUUGCAUAUGACAAUGAAGGAUGGUCUAAUUUGGAAGGAUCAGCUAACUUGCUUAAUCAGACAGAAGCAGAUUUUAUCACUAUUAUAGAGAGUGAUGCCUCUAAGCCAUUCAUUGGAAACCACGAUCCAACAAUGUGGCUAGGAGAAAAACUAGGAUUUUACACAGAUUUUGGUCCAAGCACAAGAGAUCACACUUGGGGGAUUAUGGUGCUGUCAAAGUAUCCAAUUGUAAAAUCGACCCAUCACCUCCUUCCAUCUCCAGAGGGAGAGAUUGCACCUGCCAUUUCCCUGACAGUCAACUUCACAGGGAAACUGAUUGAUUUCGUUGUCGCCCACUUUGGAAACGAGGAAGAGGACUUGGACAGAAAACUCCAGGCAAUAGCUGUUUCAAACCUCUUGAAGACUAGCUCUAAGCAAGUUGUAUUUCUAGGGUACAUCACUUCAGCCCCUGGAUCCAGAGAUUAUACUGAAUUAAUAGAAAAUGGAAAUGUCAAGGAUAUUGACAGUACAGAUCGUGACAGAUGGUGUAGCUAUAUUAUGUAUCGUGGAGUAAUAAGGCUGGGUUAUGCCCGCAUAUCUCAUGCUGGUUUAAGUGAUUCAGAAGUCCAGAUGGCCAAAUUUAGAAUCCCAGAUCACGUGGAUAGCUAUGCUGACAAUGACAGAAUUGUCACUGACCCCAGCCAAGUUCCUGAGGACAUCCAUUUCAAUCCCAGGUUUGGAUCUUAUAAAGAUGGACAUAAUUAUGAGCAUAUUCAUCACUUUCAUAUGAGCACUCCUAAAUAUUUUAAACAGGCAAAUUAGAGAGAAAAUAAUGUACUGUUGGGACCAGCAAGAAAGGUUUGUUGCUUGAAGCCAAAUUGGCCAAAAAGACUACGUUGCUUAAGGAUGAGCAAUUCCAAUGCUGCACAACACUAUGAAUGUCUGUCUAAUAGUUGGUGACUCUUCUCUUUAAUGAGUUGCCAUCACUUUGCCAUCACAGGAAAGAUGCCUGCAUUUUGACAAACUGAUAUCUACCCAGGCCAGAUACCUUUUUUGUAUGCAGCAACACAAGGGUGGGAACUUGCUUUGGCAAUAAUAUCUUCAACUUUUGUGAAGGUAUCCUAUAUCCUGCUGUUUCAGAGUUGAAUGUGUCUGUGGACCUUUUUUAAGGUCCCCUUUCCUCUCCUGGGAGGUCAUUGGAACAGUCAUGGGCAAGGAAUUUCAGCAGACUUACACACUUUUUUGAUGACUGAGGCAAAGCAAAAUAAUGUGGUAGUGUAGGUAACCUGUUGACAUUUGCUGCAAUUUGUAGUCCUGCUGCUAUUGGAACAAAAAGCUUGGCCUUAGGUUUUUCAAAAUAGGAAAAGGUCAAUUUUUUAAUUGGGAGAUAUGCUCUAAGUAUGUGUUUUAAGUGUGUGCAUUUUUUACUUUCUUAAACAGUAUUUACAUCUGCUGCUAUUCUACAUUUUGUUCUUAAAUGAGUUUUAUUAGAACAAUUUGUGGAUGAUUGAUGUUCAUAAUACUGGAGAAAAGGCAGUGACUUCUACAGACUUCAUUGUUUUUUAACUGGAUAUUAGACUCUUCAAUGCUUUUACAAAGGGAAGAGUGAAGUACCUCUGAUUAGUUAUUUUUGCGAGACACUUACCUGAACACAGUGCCAAAGAAUUAAAAACAAUUGUCUCAACAAGGUUUCUGAGAAGGGAGAAGAGUUAGUUGUAACUUUUAUUUAAAAUGAACUGCAAUAAACAAAUUAGAAAAGCAUUGUUCCUUUGCUAGCAUUAUACUUUAAUAGGACUAAAUAGAAGUGGGACUUUUUUGACCUAGGCAGUGAAUUCCCUAUUAUUUAAUGCACAUGUAAGACAAUGUAAAGUGUUGUGUCUUCUCAAUGUCUCUUCACAAUGCCUUUUACAUUUGACUCCUGAUCCUUCACUAUACGUGCAGAGCUUCCCUUAAAUAAUGAGGACAUCUUCAGUGUUGUCCAAAGAAACUUUUCUGCUUGUGAGAAACAGGUUAGAUGAUCUGUUUAAGUGACCCACUCAAGUUGAAAACCGCAUUUGUGAUUUUGGUAUUUAGUGCUGUGUGUCUUUCCAGUAAUACCUAAGCAUACUACAAUGAAAAGGAAUAGGAUAAGUUGCAGGAAAGAGGGUGGAUUUUUUUUCUCCCUCUAAUUCUUCACCAUGUACUUUUGAGAACAGCUUCACUGUACUCAAUUUUAUUGUUUCCCCAUGUAAGCAAAUACAGGAUGUGUUUUUACCCGGGGUUUUUUGUUCUAUGGCGUCAGGUAAUUGCUGUCAUCAACAACCUUGUCUCUUUAUUCUGGUCACCUAUCAUUUUGCUCCCUUGUUUUUAGGACUGUGUUUCUAAAACUGUUCACUGAUGAUCUUUGUGGAGAGAGAAUAUUUGGAAGGCAUUUAAAAAUUAAAGUGGUUACGUAUUCAUCAUCUCAGAUGCUAUUAGAAAGCCUGACUUAGUUACAAUUAACCAGCCAUUACUGAACUAAUUUCUCACCUGAAGGUGCUGUGUUUGUCUUCACAAGCCCUCUGAACUUGUUCUCUCUGUGACUUUCCAGCAGGACAGGAUAAAUUAGGUUUUGGAGUGAUGGGAGUGACUUUCUUGCACAGUUUUCUUCUGCAAACACCAGUAGACCUUGUCUCUCCUUUCUCCCAGCCUGCAACAGCAGCUGACACUGGCACCAACUUUGCACAGUGGCUCUGAGUAUCCUCACUUCUUUGCAGCAGCCAGCAUAUGUGCUGGCUCUGACACAUAUCCAGCCACAGUUUUGCCUUUCCAUAGCCUGUAGAAAACAUAACAUUAUCUUGCCACAUUACUUAACAUUCUCCACAGGCUAACUCUGCAAAUACCUUGUAAUGUGAGCAGUUUAUUAAUGUAAAAUGCAAGAAAUUAUACUCAUAAAUAUAAAAAGAUUGAACCCCCCUUCUUUUUUUAACAAUUAAAAACCAGAAUGAUUAUUUUUCAAGAAGUCAUAUAGCAAAGCAUGACUUGCAUAACAGAUCAGAUUAUUGUCAUCUCUGUGUGUAAUCUUCAAAGUCUAUGAGCAUACUUGGAUGGAUUUUCACAGGAUUUAGAAUUUUUCACUGCAUUUGAAAGGUUCAU